CACUUUCAGCAAAUUGAUGGUGUAGCCAUGGGAAGUCCAUUAAGACCGUUAUUACCUGAUGUAUAUAUGUUACUUACUGAACUAAUGGUUCAAGAUCUAAUCACCAAUGUCAUACUCUAUAGAAGGUAUGUGGAUGAUAUCUUUGUAAUAUGUGACACAGAUGAGGAUGCUAAGAGGUUGUUAAAAAGGCUUAAUACCAUACAAGAUCAUAUCAGUCUGACAUGUGAGGAAGAAAAAGACCAUCAACUUGCAUUUCUUGAUAUACUCUUGUGCCGGAGGGAAGAUGGAUCUAUAAAACGAUCAAUACAUAGGAAGUCUACUUGGACAGGACAGUAUUUGAAUUUCCAUAGUUUUUGUCAGAUGAAAUAUAAUAGAGGCUUGGUAAGAUGCUUGUUCAAUAGAAUCCAACGUAUUUGUACAUCUGAUACGAUGGAUGAUGAGAAUAAGUUUCCGACAGACACUCUAGUGGAAAACGGUUAUCCAUUACAGUUUGUCAACCAUUGUAAAAAACAGUUGACCCCAAAGCCUACAGUUUCCUCGGUCCUGAAAGAAAAGCAUAUUUCUUAAAGUACCAUACAGAGGGGAAACAAGUAGUAUUAUAUUGAAGCAGAGAUUAAAAUCUGUUAUCAGUAAAACAUACUAUGCAGCUCAGCUUAUCAUUGUUGAGACGACAAAACACUGCCUUCGCCAUAAACCUCAACCUCGCACAAAUGAUUACACCACAUCCUACUGCGUUUACCAAUUUACAUGUAUGUGUGUGCACACAUACAUAGGGAGGAGUAAUCGUUCAAUGCAGACUAGGGUGGGUGAACGCAUCCCAAAUGGCUAGAAAAACAGUUUAACACACAAACUUUGAUAAGUGCAGGUGACAGACAUCCAUCGUCAUCUAUAGCAAAACAUAUUAUUGAAAUGAAUCACAGGGUUAAUACGAAAACAGCGUUUAAGAUAUUAUACAGGAAUAAUCAGGGGGCAUACUGAAGUUUGCCGAAGCGUUAGCCAUUCGUAAACUUAAUCCCCCACUGUGUGUACAAAAACAAUUUGUUGUUUCACUUAAUUUACCUUGGUAAUCCUUGGCAAUCUGAUUAUAUUACCAAGACUAGUGUCACAACCUUUUCAUAUUCACUAUAUUUGACCUUUAAUUUUCAUAUAUAAAUUGACUUGACAAGUAAAUGUGUGAUUGAGCAGAUAUUUCGAAAUGUAUUGCGCAAAUACAUCACAUUGCUCAGAUAAUCUUUGUCUUCUAAUAGCGUUAUCGAAAUUCCAUAUUAAC